GUCCUUGCCGUCAUGCAUUCUUUUACGUUUCUUGAAGGAUGCUUCAGGUUGAAAGGGUCAUGGCAGACUGAGCACACCGUAUCGAGAGGGUAGCUCGGUUCGACAACAGCAAGAGGCGCUAGAUGACGCAUACACCAGAACAGAAGCAGCUGGACCUCGACAUUGCCAGUCUUUCACGGGAUUGCACUACCAGCCGAAGGUCUCCAGGGAAGCUCCUCGUUUUUAAGUCUUGCUUUCUUGCGUUCUUCUAAAUGCUCCGUGCGCGAACCGGUAAUACCCAAACUCGACUCCCUUGUCAAACAACCCACAACACAGUAUGUCAGACCCGACUUCGACCUCAGCGCCUGUCACAUUCCUCGGCAGUCCGACAAUUAUCCCGUGGUAUAGGCAGACGACUUCGACUCAGGCACCAACGUCCGCCUUCGUCUUCGAGCUUUUUCUUAACUACCAUCUCGAGCACAUCUAUCAGCCUCCUCCGGAUGCCAGCGCCGUCUGCCCUAUCUGCUACGAGACUUACAAAAUGCCUUUACCGGAGAAAUACAUCCUCGGACCACCACAAUACGCCGUUCUCAUCAAGGACAUCCCCGGAUGUAAGGGCCACCAUUUCCACCUCAACUGCAUCAUGAAUUGGCCGAAGUCUCGCCAGCCGGCCUGCGACACUUGCCCUAUGUGUCGGACGCCUUGGCUUGCUCUGGUUGCUCUGGCUGAAGAACAUCGACGUCAGAUGGCUGAUCGACGUCUGAGGGCGGCUGAAGAUUAUCACUGUCUGAUGGCAGCGGAAGCUGAGGGUUGGCGUGUGGAAUUGUAUUCAGAUGAACAAGGAGGGAUGGCUCGGAGAGCUGGUCGCACGUUCUUGAUGGGUUUAGCGACAGGAGUGGUCGGUGUAGGCCUUGCGCUCGCUAUUGAGGCGACGCCGGUGAGGCGCAAGUGACGGGCUUGGUGAAGAGGGAGGGUGGACCAAUGCUAUGGUUUCCAAUUUCAGCAAGGGACGGGGGAGACUAACUGAUAAUAUUUCUGAUUGAGAUUUUGAAGGGCGGAG